AUGUCGACUUAUGCUCUAAGGAUUCCAGAAUACGCUUUAAGCGAAUACUCGCACAACGACAAAGUUGUGAUUACAGGAAGUUUCGACAAUUGGGAACACAAAAGGUACCGUUUGAGCUUCGACGAUAGUGAGAAAUGCUACAAUGUGACGAUUCCAAGCGGGAAAUCAGAUCGCAUAAUUUUCAAGUUUGUGAUAAAUGAUAAAGAAUGGGUUAGUCUGCCCUAUUUCGAGACCCAGACUGAUAGCAGAGGUCUGGUCAACAAUGUGUUGCGUUGGGACGAUUACACGGAAAACUGUCUCGACAACGUGACUAUCUCCAGUGCCGUGGCUGGAGCAACGCAAGCAAACCCUGACAGUGCCAAAUCAGGUCUCGCUCAUCGUGCAGCAGGCCCUGGACCCAAAUCCACAACACAACCCUCUCCCGUCGAACACGACUACAUUCAUGUUUCUUCUCAAGAUGAAUUGAGCAGUACAGAAAAUCUCGAUCUGAAUUCCCGUGAUAGCUACAAUUCCAAUUAUGAACCGCUGGUGUCGAAUGCGUCCCAUGAGUCGGCCAAAUCGAAUCAAGGAUCGCCUCCUGCGUCGCAGAAACGACUUCAAUCGCUCGUGUCGGUUGUCAAACGUGUAAAAAUGUAUUGGAGUGGUUGA